CUCAUGACAUUGCUGAUUGCCUCUCUCUCUCUCUGUUUUCUUUGCCACGAUGUCUGAAGAGAAAGACACCACCGCCCCGCCUACUGCUGCCGACGCUGCUUCCUCCACCGGCGAGGCUGCCGCCGCCGAUUCCUCGGUGGACCUGGCCAAGCAGAAUGAGCAAACGGUGGAGCAGCAAAAUGCUAUCAACGCUACAAUAAAGGCAACACAGCCCAAGGUAGGAGCAAAAGAAGAGGUGGAUGCCCUGCUGCCGGAGUACGAGGGGAACCCAAAGCCGGGAUUCCGCAAGGGGGUACAAGACUUGGGCAAGCGCUACUCUGCGCUUCGACGUGUGCGGGGCGAUGGUAACUGUUUCUACCGCUCCUUCCUGUUCGGGUACCUUGAGCGGCUACUGCAGGGCAUCAAGAGCGUCGGCGACGCCAAUACGAAGGCUAUGUUGGAGCUCAGCAGGCUUAGACAAGUGGUACACGACAGCAAGGCGGCGUUGAUAGCCCUGGGUUACGAAGAGGUGGCUCUGGACGACUUCUGGCAGACGUUCCUGCAGGAGCUAGACGCUCUGCCUAACAUGGAGAUGGGCCAGCUUGAGAUCAACUUCCGAGAGGAGGCAGGGCCGUGCGAGUACAUCGUUUGGUAUUGCAGGAUGCUCACCAGUGGGUUUCUCAAGCUCAACGCUGACAGAUUCCUGCCAUUUCUGGAACAUACGGUGGACAUGCAGGACUUUUGCCAGCGAGAGGUUGAACCUAUGGGGAAGGAGUGCGAGCAGAUCCAGAUCAUGGGUCUCUGCGAGCACCUCAACACACCUGUGAAGAUCGAGUAUCUAGACGGGCAAGAUUUCUCUGGGCAACUGGGGAGCAUCACCCUCCCCGACACUGGGGCGGAAGCGAUGGUCACGCUGCUUUACAGGCCCGGGCACUACGAUGUCCUCUACCCGAUGACCAACCAAUGAUUGGGAGCCCAUCCUGGUGUGCCGAAAAUUUAAUUUCUUUAUUGUUGCCACCGUAGACAAGGCGGCACCCCCAACGCACGGCAGGACGGUAUUAUUUCUUUUGACACAGUUUUCAAUACGACAAGCAGGAAGGGUGGGGGGUCGGGGGUUAAGGGACGAUGGGAAUCGAUCGCACUUUCUUGAUCGUGGGGAGAGCAUGCGCACCCCUUCACGGACCUUGGAAAAAAUCCCAGUAGUGUUGGGACAGACAGCAACAGACGAGGCCGGGAAGAGAGGCCACCACUCGACUGACUGGUACUUUUAGUUGUUGUUUUUUUCAUGUUAAUCCCCCGGGUCAACGUAGGAGUAGACCGGGUUGAGCCGCGGUGCUGCCUGCGACAGAGCAUGUGUUUGACUGAGUACUGGCGCACACUCACGUGUUUUUUCUUUUGUACAUUGUACAUUGGUCCGUGUGUUGAUACAGUAUUGCUGUCGAAGGCUAGGGCUGCAGUAUUACAAUAGUGUGCGCGGGUGAACGAUUGCUCUCUCUCUCUCUCUCUCUCCCUC